CACAGUCAUAGAAGAGCUUAUUGACCAAGGCUUAACAAAAAAAGAAGCAAAUCUAGCUUUAGAUGCAGCAAUACAUGUCUUGUGGAAUGGAUUUCAUGAAAUUGAAAAAAGAAAAGAAAAGACAGAAACACAGAAAAAUUCUCAUCAGAAGAGUAGAAAACCAUCUAACCCUAAAGAAGCCAUACUACAGAAAGUUAAAGAUAGAAAGAAAAUUACAAAUAGAAGAAUAGAUGCUUUG